AUGCUUAGGGUUUUACUAUUUCAAGAUCGUUUCGACGAGUUAGUCUCGUUGAUGGAACGUUAUCAGGAUGGAGAGCGUUUAUUCAAAACUCCAGUGACUUUAUAUCCUACGCUGAAUGAAACUAGACGAGUUUUCAACUUACUAAAAAGACUUUAUGAUCUAUAUAGUGCAGUUAAUCGUUCCAUUCAAACGUGGUCGAGUACACUAUGGAACCGUUUAAAAAUAGAUGAUAUUAUCGAUAGUUUAGCAGAGUACACUCAAAAGUGUCGUAAACUUCCUAAAGGUCUAAAGGAAUGGCCAACAUAUGAAGAAUUAAAAAACAACAUUGACGAAUGGUCGGAUAAAAUGAUUCUAGUAGAAAUGAUGUUUAAGAAUUCACUAAAACCAAGGCAUUGGGAAAUGAUAGAAAAGGCGACUGGUACACUAUUCCCCGUAAACGAUCAUGAUUUUGCACUCAAAGAUAUUAUGACUGCUCCUUUAUUGAAAUAUAAAGACGAGCUGGAAGACAUAUGCCAGACAGCUAUCAAAGAGAUCGACAUCGAAGCAAAAUUGCGUCAGAUAAUACUCGAUUGGUCGACUAUAAAAAUAGAAUUGGCUAAUUUUAAAAACAGAGGAUUAUUACUUGUAAAAGGACAAGAAAUAGCGGAAGUCGUAGCCAUACUAGAAGAUUCACAAAUGAUUAUGAGCUCAUUAGCGUCCAAUAGGUAUAAUGUUGCGUUUAAGUCAGAAAUUAUGGAUUGGGUUAAGAAAUUUGCAGUGACCAGUCAAGUCUUGGAAAAUUGGAUUCUCGUGCAAAAUCUUUGGAUGUAUUUAGAAGCCGUUUUUAUAGGUGGUGAUAUAUCUAAGCAACUACCACUAGAAACAAAACGUUUCACUGCUAUAGAUAAAUUGUGGGUAACUUUAAUGAGCAAAGCACGAUUUCUCGAGAACGUCAUUGAAAUAUGCACCGGAGAUGGGUCUAUGGAAAUUUUACUGCCUUACAUGCUUGAACAGUUGGAAUUGUGUCAAAAGUCAUUAGCAGGGUACUUGGACCAAAAAAGAAACAUAUUUUCAAGAUUUUACUUUAUAUCGGACCCAGUGCUUUUGGAAAUUCUGGGUCAAGCUUCGAACUCACAUAACAUUCAACCUCAUUUGCUGAGUCUUUUUGAUAAUACUGCAAAGCUGAUAUACUUUGAAUCCGAAUACGAUAAAGUGCGAGAUAUCGUAUCCAGAGAAGGUGAAAAAAUCGCAUUGGAACAUCCCGUAUUAUGUACUGGAGGAGUGGAAAAUUGGUUAAACGUUUUGCUUGAUGAAAUGAAAUUUUCUGUGAAUCAAUUAAUAGCUAAUGUGGACAAUUACAUUAUGAGAGACCCAACAUUUUCAAUUAUAACGAUGGUUGAAUUAUUUCCUGCUCAAAUAGGUCUCAUCGGUAUACAAAUGCUGUGGACAAUUCGAACAGAAUAUGCUCUUAAAAACUCUAUCACCAUGAAAAAAAUUAUGAAAGACACUAAUCAAGAAUUUAUUAAGCUCCUCAAUAUACUUAUUGACGCCACUACUAAGAAUCUGACCAAAAAUGAAAGAUUGAACUACGAGACUUUGAUUACGAUACACGUCCACCAGAGGGAUAUCUUCGAAUCAUUGUACCAAAAGAAGAUCACAAACUUAUUUGAUUUUGAAUGGCUAAAACAAGAGCGGUUUUAUUACACAGAAGAAUUGGACCGAUGCGAAGUUCGAAUAACCGACGUGUUGUUUGUGUACCAAAAUGAGUUCCUGGGCUGUUCUGAUAGGCUCGUAAUCACGCCACUCACAGAUCGAUGUUUCAUUACCUUAGCCCAAGCAGUUGGAAUGAAUAUGGGCGGCGCACCGGCGGGACCAGCGGGAACAGGGAAAACGGAGACAACGAAAGACAUGGGAAAAUCACUCGGGAAAUACGUAGUUGUUUUUAAUUGUUCGGAUCAAAUGGACUACCGUGGACUAGGUCGAAUUUUCAAAGGCUUAGUGCACUCGGGUACGUGGGGUUGCUUCGAUGAGUUCAACAGGAUCGAACUUCCAGUACUUUCGGUGGCCGCUCAGCAAGUAUACACCGUGUUUAUGGCCCGCAAAAGCAACUGUGAAACAUUCAUUUUCAGCGAUGGCGAUACGGUUCCUAUGAACCAAGAAUUUGCCAUAUUCCUGACCAUGAAUCCUGGAUAUGCUGGACGUCAAGAACUACCUGAAAACUUAAAAGUUCUUUUUCGGAGUGUAGCCAUGAUGGUUCCCGACCGAUUGAUAAUAAUACGCGUGAAAUUAGCAGCUUGUGGUUUUAAAAACAACCUACCCCUAUCAAAAAAAUUCUUCAUACUAUACCAGCUAUGUGAAGAACAGUUGAGUAAACAAGUGCAUUACGAUUUUGGUCUGCGUAAUAUAUUGGCAGUUUUGCGUACGCUUGGCACUCAGAGGAGAAGCAACGCGACUGAAGCUGAAGAAACGAUACUCAUGAGAGUGUUGAAGGGAAUGAACGUUUCAAAGUUAGUCGAUCAGGACGAAACUAUUUUUUUGUCUCUGAUCGAAGAUCUUUUUGUCGGCAUGAAAUCUACUUCGUCUACAUACAAAGAUUUACAAUCAGCCAUACUAAGCUCGUGUGAAGAGAAACAGUUGGUCAACCAUCCUUUGUGGAAUUUAAAAAUCAUUCAAGUAUACGAAACGUCUUUGGUGCGUCACGGGCUGAUGAUACUGGGACCUACUGGGUCUGGUAAAACUACUGCCAUUCACUGUCUUCUAUCGGCCUUAACCAAAACUGGAUUGACGCACUUCGAGUAUCGAAUGAAUCCCAAAGCCAUUACGGCAUCUCAGAUGUUUGGGAGAUUGGACGUGGCCACGAACGAUUGGACUGAUGGUAUAUUUUCUACACUCUGGAGGAGAACGUUAAAGCUGAGUCCAGACGAAUACUGUUGGAUAGUAUUGGAUGGUCCCGUGGAUGCAGUUUGGAUAGAGAAUUUAAACUCCGUCUUAGACGACAACAAAACGCUUACCUUGGCAAACGGUGAUCGAAUUGUCAUGGCCGCCAACGCCAAACUUUGUUUUGAACCAGACAACGUGGACAAUGCUUCCCCAGCAACCAUUUCUAGGAUGGGAAUGACUUUUUUCUCGUCCACAGUGUUAUCAUGGAGAGUGAUAUUUGGAGGAUGGGGAAAAACUAAAUCUGCACAUAUAUCCAAUUGUUUUCAAGAAAUAUUUGAUAAUUCUUACAACGAAUUAUUAAAAAUUCUUCAAUCUAGGCUUUCACCCAAGAUGACUUUAACGGAACCUCAUUACAUUCAUCAAACAUGUGAUAUACUCGACGGACUCUUAAGCAUGUUCCCUGAAGAGCCAGAUGUAAAAAUAUUAUCACGUUUAUACACAUUUGCAAUCAUGUGGAGUAUUGCUGCCGUGUUAGAGUCAGAUAACAGACGAUUAUUAGAAGAGUUCAUUUUACAGGACCUGGCAGGAAAAAUUAUAAUACCAAAACUUAAAGAAGGAGAAUCGAUUUACGACUACACCAUUUCAAAAGACGGCGAAUGGAAACACUGGGAAACGUUGAUAGAGUCGUACACUUACCCAAGUGAUUAUAUACCAGUGUACGGUGAUAUACUGGUGCCGAAUUUAGACAACGUGCGUACCAUGUUCCUGAUAACUUUAAUAGCCAAUCAAGAGAAAAACGUUUUGUUAAUCGGUGAACAAGGUACUGCUAAGACGGUAAUGAUCAAGUGUUACAUGCAAGAAUUUGAUCCCGAGGUGAGAACGAGCAAAAUGCUCAACUUUUCCUCGGCUACCACUCCAAACAUGUUUCAAAGUACCAUCGAAGGAUAUAUGGAGAAAAGAUUUGGCACCACUUACGGUCCUCCGGGUAAUCGAAAAAUGACAAUAUUUAUUGAUGAUAUAAACAUGCCGAUCAUUAACGACUGGGGAGAUCAAGUGACAAACGAGAUCACUCGCCAGCUGCUGGAGAAUAAAGGGUUCUAUUCGCUGACCAAGCCCGGUGAUUAUAUCAACGUCGUGGGUGUGAACAUGUUGGCCGCCAUGAUCCAUCCAGGAGGCGGCCGAAAUGAUGUGCCACCCCGACUUAAGCGGCAGUUCUGUAUAUUCAACUGCACGCUACCAUCGGACACUUCCAUGGACAAAAUAUUCGGGGCACUGGGCUGCGGGUACUUCUGCGUGGAACGGUUCAACGAGCAGGUCGUACAGUUCUUGCCUGGCCUGGUGGUGCUCACCCGGAUCUUGUGGCAGAAGACCAAACAAAAGCUGCUACCCACCCCAGCCAACUUCCAUUAUGUGUUCAACCUGCGCGACUUAUCCCGCAUCUGGGAAGGUAUGCUGCAGGUGUGCUCUGCUGAAUGUCAGGAUGUACGGAUGCUAUUGCGACUGUGGUGUCACGAGCUGCAGCGCGUCAUCUAUGAUAAGCUGACCAGCAUUCAGGAUAAGGACUGGUUCUUGGAAACAGUUUUGUCCUCGGCUGAGAAGUUCCUUGGCUCCGAGAACUACAAAAUGAUGCCGGCUGACAUGAAAACGAUAGUUUUUGUCGACUUUAUGCGGGACAUGGUCGAUCCUACAGGCGACGAGCCCGAUGACUUCGAACCUGAGACCCCGAACAUUUACGAGAACAUCGAAGAUUAUGAAGUCCUGAAAGAUAGAAUGUUGAUGUUUAUGGGUCAAAUGAAAGACGCGACUCGUGGUUCUGUGGUGGAUUUAGUCUUUUUUAGAGACUGUAUGGUCCAUUUGAUUAUAAUAGCACGCAUACUAAGAAUACCUCGUGGAAACGGUCUACUCGUGGGUGUUGGAGGUUCCGGCCGGAGAUCGGUGACCACUUUGGCAUCGUUUAUCGCUAAAUACAAACAGCAUUCAAUAUUUCUAACAAGGUCAUAUAAUAUCAAUAAUUUCUUGGACGACAUCAGAAUACUUUAUAGAUUUGCCGGAAUUCAAGAUAUGAAAACUACAUUCGUGUUCACGGAUAACGACAUUAAAGAAGAGUCUUUUCUCGAGUAUAUUAACAAUAUAUUAAGUUCUGGAGAAGUGGCUAACUUGUUCCCGAAAGAUGAACUUGAAGAAAUGUUGAAUAGCAUAACUCCGUUAUUUAAAAAAAAAUCACCCAAAGGCAAUCCAUCUAUUGACAACUUGUACCAAUUUUUCAUUAAGCAAGCUAUGAACAAUUUACAUUUAGUUUUAUGUUUUUCACCGAUAGGUGACAGUUUUCGUUUGCGUUCAUUAAAGUUUCCCGGUAUUAUAUCUGGGUGCAUUAUCGAUUGGUAUACAGCGUGGCCCUCGGAUGCACUACUAGCAGUAUCUCAUCAUUUUCUAAACAAUUUCCCAGUGGUCGGUACAGUAAACGAAAAGGAAUCAUUGAUACAAUUACUUGGUGUCAUACACGAUAACGUUGCAAAAGACUGUAUAAAUUAUUUCCAAAGAUUUCGUCGAAAAAUAUUUGUAACGCCAAAAUCAUUCCUUUCGUUUGUGGACGACUAUAAGAGUUUGUACUCAAAGAAUAUAUAUGAAAUUGAGCAGAUGAAAAAGCAAAGAAUAUUAGGAUUAGAGAAACUCGCCGACGCUUCAAUACAAGUAGAAGUGUUAAAAGAAGAAUUGAUAGAGAAAGAAAAGGAAAUUGUUAUCGCAACGGAAGCCAGUACAGAGGUAACUACUAAAGUGAAUGUCGUGGUUAAAGCUGCAGAAAUAAGUAAAGCCGAAGUCGCCAUUGUAAAAGACAGAGCCGAAUUGUUAUUAAAAAGCAUUUCAAAAGAGAAAAAGAUCGCCGAAGUGAAACUUGCUAAAGCUAAACCCGCGUUAGAUGCUGCCGAAGCAGCUUUAUUGACACUAACAGCAACUGAUAUAGCAACCGUAAGAAAAUUGGGCAAACCACCUUACUUAAUUACGUUGAUUAUGGAUUCCGUACUCAUAUUUUUCCAACGAAAAUUACCGAAAGUAAUAAAAGAUACUAACAAGUUGUUUUUAGAACCCAAUUGGAAGGAAUCUUUAAAAUUAAUGUCCGACACCAGAUUUCUAUUCAACCUUCAAAAUUUCCCCAAAAAUCAAAUCAAUGGAGAAACAAUUGAUCUAUUGCAACCAUAUUUCAAUUACCAAGACUAUACAUUCGAAAAAGCGAAAUUGGCAUGUGGAAACGUAGCCGGACUUCUGAGUUGGACAUUGGCCAUGUCAGAUUUCUAUAAUGUAAACAAAGAAGUGCUUCCAUUGAUAGCUAACUUAGCUAAGCAAGAGGGUAAACAUAUCCAAGCUAAAGAACAAUUAAAAGCCGCGGAGACCAUUGCUUUUGAAAAAAACAAGGAGUUGUUAGAAGCAAAACGAAAGUUAAAUAUAGCUUUAAGUUCACAGCAAGUAAUUCAGUCUGAAGCGAAUAGAUGUAAAAAUAAAAUGAUGUCUGCAACAGCACUUAUUGAGGGUUUAGAAGGAGAAAGAAAGAGAUGGAAACAGCAGUUGGCUGGUUUUAAUUUGGAAAUUAAAUAUUCAUUAGGAGAUAUUGUAAUACUAACGGCAUUUUUAAAUUACUCUGGGCCAUUCAACCAAGAAUAUAGAACAAACAUUAUGCAAUCGUGGUAUGAUCAAUUAAACGAGAGGAACAUUCCAAAUUCCCCUAAUCUAAAUGUGACUGAAAAAUUGGCGGACCCUCCAACUAUUAGUGAAUGGAAUCUUCAAGGACUGCCAAAUGAUGAUCUAUCAAUUCAAAACGGUAUUAUUGUAACAAAAUCUUCAAAAUACCCAAUUAUGAUUGAUCCGCAGAGUCAAGGAAUAGCUUGGAUUAAAAAUAAAGAAGCCGUAAAUAACAUGAUUGUUACUUCUUUUGAUGAUAAAUAUUUCAGAAAUUAUCUUGAAGAUAGUAUAUCGUUGGGAAAACCAUUACUGAUCCACGAUGUACUGCAAGAUGUCGAUCCGGUAAUAAAUAACGUUCUGGAAAAGAACUAUUACGUAAAAGGUAAAAUUGUUAAUGUAUUAUUAGGAGAUAAAGAAAUUGACGUUAGUGACGAUUUUCGACUAUAUCUCACUACAAAACUUGGAAAUCCAUCGUUUCCUCCAGAGCUCUACGCCAGAUGCAUAGUCAUCGAUUUUACUGUAACUAUUAAAGGAUUGGAAGAUCAAUUGUUAAGUAGAGUCAUAGAAAUCGAGAAAAAAGAAUUAGAACAAGAGCGUAUUGAAUUAAUUUCUGAAGUGACAUCUCAAAAACGAAAAAUGCAAAAAUUAGAAUACGACCUUCUAAUAAAACUAACUACCGUAAAAGGGUCAUUGGUAGACGAUGAAUCGGUUUUAUAUACGUUGAAUAAGACCAAAGAUACGGCUACCGAUGUCAGUGAAAAAAUAGAAGUGGCGAACGUGACACAAGCUUCAAUAAGCGUGAUGCGUGAACAGUAUCGUCCGAUUGCAACUAGAGGUUCAGUUCUGUACUUUUUAAUCGUAGAAAUGGGAAUGGUCAAUCCCAUGUAUCAGAACUCAUUACAGCAGUUCUUAGAACAGUUUGAUAUGUCGUUAUCAAACUCCGAUAAGGCUGUUAUGCUCGAACGUAGAAUAAGCAACAUUAUUGAAUUUUUGACUUAUGCCAUAUUCAAAUACAAGUGCCGUGGACUGUACGAGGUGCACAAAAUACUUUUUACGAUUCUCAUGACGCUCAAAAUAGAUCUGGACAGAGAGAAAAUCACUAGAAGUCAGUUUGAAUAUUUCAUCAAGGGUGGAGCUUCAGUUGAUAUGAGUUCUAUAAAACCUAAACCCUUCGAUUGGGUGACUGACAUUUGUUGGAUGAACUUGGGCUUACUACAAACCAUUUCACCUUUCCAAUCAAUAUUGACAGCCGUUGAAACGAACGGAAAUUCGUGGAAAAAAUGGUACGAGAAGAGUAAUCCGGAAAAAGAAAAAAUGCCAGAUGGAUUUGACAAGCUCGACGUGUUUGAAAGGUUAUUGAUGGUAAGGGCGUGGUGUCCAGACAGGACGUUGGUUCAAGCGUUUUCCUAUGUCGAAGAAUCACUGGGGCCUCAGUUCGUAGAAACAGUAAUGUUUGACAUCGAAGAGAUGUACCUCGAAUCCAGAAGUACUACACCGAUGAUUUGUUUCCUAAACAUGGGUUCUGAUCCAAGUAAUCUCAUUGAGAACACUGCAAAAAAAUUAGAAAUACCGUUCAAUUCUGUGUCGAUGGGACAAGGUCAGGAAGUACACGCCGAGAGGUUAAUGAAAGAAUGUGCAAUCAACGGAGGAUGGGUAUUACUUCAAAAUUGUCAUUUGUGUUUGAGUUUUAUGCAAGAAACGUUUACAUAUAUAAACACAAGUGUGGCGAAGUCUAGUCAAGAAAACUUUAGAAUAUGGAUAACCACAGAAGUUCAUCCACAAUUCUCGAUAUCACUUUUACAAAUAUCUAUACAUUUUACGUAUGAACCCCCAGAAGGAUUAAGAGCCGGGUUAAUGAGAACUUUUAUCAAUAUGGGUGAUGACACAUUGAUCUACUCCAGCAUACCACAAUACAAACCAAUAUUGUAUGUGAUUUCAUUCCUCCAUUCGGUCGUCCAAGAGCGAAGAAAGUUUGGACCCGUCGGUUGGAAUAUACCAUACGAAUUCAAUACUUCAGAUUGGUACUCGUCGACUUUAUACUUACAAAAAAUGGUCGAUGAGAUGGAACCCACCUCUGAAGUUAACUGGGUGGCUUUAAGGUACAUGUUGGCCGAAGUGCAUUAUGGUGGCCGGGUAACCGAUGACUAUGACCGACGACUAUUAAACAAUUUUACCGAACUUUGGUUUACCGACGAACUGUUUACCGAAAAGUUUUGUUUCUACGAAGGUUACAACGUGUUGGUUUUUAAUAAACUAUCUGAGUAUCUAUCGGCGAUAGAAGAAAUGCCAUUGAAAGAUCCACCACAAGCGUGUGGACUUCAUCCAAACACCGAUAUAACAUACCAAACUAACAUGGUUCAAGAGAUGUUCAACACUAUAUUAAUGAUUCAACCAAAAGGUUCUGGUGGCGGUAGUGAAGUGACACGUGAAGAAAAAGUGUACGUUACGAGUUCGGAUUUGUUGGAAAAGCUGCCUCUCUCUUUCAACAUGUUUACAAUCAAAGAAAGGUUAACGUUGAUGGGUCCGACGCAGCCUAUGAACAUAUUCUUAGGACAAGAAAUCGAUCGCAUCCAAAAGGUUACAGAAAUAGUGAAAACUACUUUAGAAGACCUUUUAUUAGCUAUUGACGGAAUAAUCAUUAUGAACGAAGUUUUGUCCGAUACAUUGGAUUACUUGUACGACGGCCGCAUCCCGGCACACUGGCUGAGGGCCUCUUGGACGUCGUCUGCAAUAGGUUUUUGGUUCAACGAGUUGCUGAACCGGCACAGCCAGAUCACGGCGUGGGUGUUCAGGGAAAAGCCGGCUCAGUUUUGGAUGACUGGUUUCUUCAACCCUCAGGGGUUCUUGACGGCUAUGAAACAGGAAAUAUCCAGGGCUCACAAAGGUUGGACGCUUGACAACAUUGUGCUCGAGAACGAAGUAACGGUGUACCAUAAACAAGACAUCAAAAAACCACCACUGGAAGGGGUCUAUGUGUACGGAUUGUUCUUGGACGGGGCGAGUUGGAACAGGAGGGAAAAGGAACUGCAGGAAUCGCUCCACAAGAUCAUGUUCACGGAAAUGCCGGUCAUACUCAUAUUUGCGAUAAACACGGUCGGAAAUAAGCUGAUGCCAGGCUACGAAUGUCCCGUUUACAAAAAGCCAAAAAGAACGGGACUGACGUACGUGUGCGAACUGCGGCUCAAAUCACCAAAGGGCACGUUAGAGGCCCACUGGGUAUCUAGAGGCGUUGCUCUUCUGUGUGACAUCAAAUAA